UUUUUUCCCCUUCUUCCCUUUUUCAAAAUGGCGGCGCCCGAUCUGGAGCGGCUCCUCGCGGAGCUGCUGGAGCCCGACAGUGACGUCAUCCGCCGGGCCACCGCCCGCCUCCGCGAGGCCUUCUCCGACCCCUAGACCCCCGCCCGCCUCGGCCUUCUCCUCACCGGCUCCUCCCGGGCGCAGAUCCGGCAACUGGCCGCCGUCCUGCUGCGGCGGAGGCUCUUGGGCCGAUGGAAGCGCCUGGACCCGGCUCUGCGCCAGAGGCUCCCGACGCUAUUGGCCGAAGCUUUGGAGCGGGAGACUGAGCGGCCCUGCUGGUGCUGAGUGCGGCGCUGGAGGCGGCCCCCCAAGUCCUGGCCCCCCACGGCCCUGCCCUGGCCGCCCUGUGUCGGGGGGCUCUUGCUCCCGGGGUGCCCCCCAGCCCCCCGGCGUACAGCCUGCAGGCCCUGGGGGGCUGGGGGCCAUGUUGGGGGACACCCACACGGAGCUGCUGCGCUCGCUGCUCCCCGACAUCCUGACGGCCCUGAAGAAGCUGCUUGACGCUGACGAGGAGCGGGGCACCGAGGCCCUGGAGGUGUUGGACGAGUUCCUGGAGGCCGACCCCGCCACCGUGACCCCUCACCUUCGACCCCUGCUUGACCUCUGCGUUCAGGUAACCCCGGGGGGGCUGGGGGCCCUGGUUCUGCGCCGGGGGGGGCUCAGCGCCUGGGGACCCCUGGGCACCUGGGUGCAGGAGGUGGCCCGUGACCCCCGGCCCCCCCACCAGGAGGCGGCCCUGCUGGUGCUGAGUGCGGCGCUGGAGGCGGCCCCCCAAGUCCUGGCCCCCCACGGCCCUGCCCUGGCCGCCCUGUGUCGGGGGGCUCUUGCUCCCGGGGUGCCCCCCAGCCCCCCGGCGUACAGCCUGCAGGCCCUGGGGGGGCUGGGGGCCAUGUUGGGGGACACCCACACGGAGCUGCUGCGCUCGCUGCUCCCCGACAUCCUGACGGCCCUGAAGAAGCUGCUUGACGCUGACGAGGAGCGGGGCACCGAGGCCCUGGAGGUGUUGGACGAGUUCCUGGAGGCCGACCCCGCCACCGUGACCCCUCACCUUCGACCCCUGCUUGACCUCUGCGUUCAGGUGGCAGGGGACGAGUGUUGGGGUGAUGCGGUGCGGGUGAGGGCCUUGGCCACCGUCACCUUUCUCGCCCAGAAACGUCCCAAGGCGCUGCUGCGGGGGGGGGCUGCUGGGGCAGGUUCUGGGGGGGCUCCUGAUUCAAUCACAAGAUUCAUCCGCUCUGAUUACUUCCCAUUUUACUUUUCCCUUAUUCAACCCUGCAUGGCCCCACUGGUGCAGGAGGCUCUGCGGAGGCAACCCCGGGUCGUUCUGACCCACUUGCCGCUGCCGCCGGGCCUCGUCUCCUGCCGGGUGCUGCCCAGAUUGGCCAAGGCAGGCCGCAGCAGGCAGCAAGCGGGCAGCAGCAAGCAGAGGACUUCCGACUGGAUGCCCACCGAGUGA